AUGGGCUUCGAAAACAAGCGCGUCGUCAUUGUUGGCGGCGGACUCGGUGGCAUGUCUUUCCUGAAUGCUGCCCUAUAUGCCGGCCUCAAGAACGUUCAACUUUAUGAACAAGCACCCCAGUUCGCCGAAGUCGGUGCCGGUGUGAACAUUACAUCCAACGCCAACCGUGUCCUCGAUGCCUUUGGUUUGCAAGAGAGCAUGACUCGCAAGUCGUCACGCCAACUGCCUUGCUAUAUGGAGUAUCACAGCUACAAGAGCGGUGAUUACUUGGGUCAUAUUGACGAGUUCUCCAACCCCCCUGCACGUCUAUUGCACCGUGCCCACUUGCUCGAUUCCCUCAAAGAGCGUGUUCCCAAGUCUAGCCUGAACCUAGGCAAGCACCUUGCCUCAAUCGACCGAAACACCAGCGAGGGUGCCGCCCCGUACACCCUACACUUCCAAGAUGGUACCACUGCCGAGGCCGAUAUUGUGAUUGGUUGUGACGGCAUCAAGUCUAACGUGCGUCGGGAUAUGGGUCUGGGUGACUCGCCCAACUACUCCGGCCAGGUCGUAUACCGUGGCUUUGUCGACUACAAGGAUUUGCCCGAGGAGACAUCACAGCUCCUCCGUAAGACCGUGAACUUCCGCGGUCCUAACCGCCACGUCCUGAUUCUGCCCAUCGGUAAUAAGGAGACAGAGUCCGAUCGUGCUGCUGUCAUCGGAUUCAUGUCAGAGUCACUUGAUUCAUGGGACUCGGAGAGCUGGAUGUCUCGCUCCGAUAUCGAUAGUUUACAAGAACAUGUCCGUGAUUGGUGUCCUCAGGUCCAGGAUAUUAUUGCUGGACUCCGCAAGAGCUCGCCCGAUCAGAAGAUGCUGAAGCAGGCGCUUUACGUGCGCGACCCACUGGACAAGUGGUACGAGAUGAAGAAGGACCAGAAGGAUGCCGGUAUCAUUCUUCUCGGUGAUUCGGCCCACUCCACUCUUCCUCACCAAGGCCAGGGAACUUGCAUGGCCAUCGAGUCUGGUAUCGCACUUGCGACUAUCCUCCGCCACUGGAAGAAUGACGAUCUGCAGGCAGCAUUCCAGUUCUACCAAGACCUGCGCAAACCCCGGACAGACAAGGUUACACAAACCAGCUACGAAGCUGGCAAGCUCGCUAGCUCGGACUCACCGAACGAUAUGACUGAUAACUUCAACCCCGAGGCUCUUGGAGAGCGGAUGAAGUGGAUUAUGGAGUACAACGUUCUGGAGGACUUGAAGAUCAAGGGUGCCGAGGUUCUGGAUUUCCAUGAUUCCCGACUGUAA